AUGGAUUUAUUACUGACCAACCCAAGGUUUAACACCAAUAAUCUAAUGCCACAAGGCCUUAUUGAUGUUCUGAAAAGUGGAUUCAAUCUCAACGAUUUGCCCUACGAUCUUCUCACUGAAAAACAGGAAAGUUCUUCUUCCUCUUCAUCAGAAAAUAAUGCUUCUUCCCCAUCUACACCUCCAACAUUCCCUUCAAUGCCUGUUGCGUGCUCUGAUGUUCCUUACGAUGAGACGGUUGCCGACACUGAGGCCCUCAAGGAUAAGCUACGACAUGCGCUCAAAGACAUAAUUCCACACAAAUCCACCUUGCAAAUCCAAGUACUAGUUGCUUAUACUGUUGAUGACAGCAAGAAGGAUGUUAUUUUAAUCAACGAAACUUAUCAUCAGACGAAACACGAUCAAACGACAACUACAGUAACUAACAAUGUUCUUGACCUUUCGCAAAAGUCAGAUGAAGAUUCCUCGAAAUCUUCUGUAUCUGAAAAUGAACUUGGUGAUUUGUUGUCAGCUCCAUCAGUACCAAUUGGGAACCUUCUUCCUAAUCAUUCGGCACCUCUUGGCCUUCCCUCUCAAACUUCCAAUCCACUCACUUUGAAUCAAGACAGUAUGACUCAGUUGUUGCGAGGCUUUUUAAAUAGCACUAAUACCCCUUUUCUAAAUCUACUGCAGUCCACAGUCAAUUCCUUCAAUUUCUCAUUUCCAAUUAGCCUUCCAUCUCUUCCUCCAUACACUGCCAACAAUUCUGACGUGAAAAGAUUCGCUCCAAUUACACCAAAUAUCCCCAUCACAAACUCUGAUUGCAUCCAACCGAAUUCAAUUUCAAAAGUAAAUGACACUGAAAGCUUGAAUCCCUUCGCAGUUCCUAAGCUUGGCUCAUCAAAUUCAUCAACAAUGGCAUUUUGCCCCUUUCCAAGGCUUCCAAGCCGUCCUUCACGCCGAAGACGCUAUUUUCAGUCCCGACGCUUCGCUUGUAACCAAUGCAAAGUGCACUUUUCAUCUGUAACUGAACUGACUCGACACACUCUGGAGGUUCACAAUUCAUUUCGGUGUAAUUAUUGCAAUGCAAAGUUUACCCAAAGAUCCAACCUCCAAAGACACUCUCUGAAACACGUUGGGUUCAAGCCCUUCACUUGUAAUGUCUGCAACAGAGGAUAUUGCAGGAAGGAUCAUCUUGUCCGACAUAUCGAAGCCGUGCAUCCCAAUGUUGAUCCUCGUUUGAGCAUCACCACUCACCUUAACUCCUCAGAAUGUCUUGAAUUCCUUGAAAAGUCACAUCCCAAAUUGGAUGGAAACAACAGCAGUACUCAGUCCACUCUAGAAGCAACAAAUCAUGGUUCAGUAAACUCUCCCGCAACAUCUGAUGACGAUUUCAUAUUGGCCAACGGAGGACCUUCUCUUCUACCUGUUGCUCAAGAACAUACAGUCCAGUCAAUCGAUCAGACUGUUGAACAGUCUUCUUUCCAACCAAUGGAAGAAUGA